AUGGAUGAGCCAACGGAGAGUGCUGCGAGCUUGGAGCAAGAAGCGAAUGCAGUGGAGCAAACAGGUGAAGAAAAAACUGUUGAGGAUGAUGAGCAGAUUCCUAGCGUUGAAGGUGCAACAGAUAAAGCUGUGGGGGUCUCUGUGGAUGUGGAGCAAGCAGGCGAAGAAAAAUCCGAUGCAGAUAAGGAUCAGGAUGUUAGUGAUGGUGCAACGGAUAUUAAGCGAGAAUCUACAGAUCGAGUGGAAAUAUCUGUGGCUGAACAAUCCGAUGCGAGCGAGAAUGAAGACGUACCUGUUGCGAAUGAUACAGUUGAUGAACCGCACCACGCUUUGGACGUGGCGUCAUUGGAGGAUACUAUCCCUCCGGAAUCUCCCAGACCCUCAGCACGACAGCAAGCACUGACGUCUUUUUCGCGAGGUGCUAGUAGAUUCGCCUCUUUUCGCCCAGGUAUGACGAGAGACGAACGCUUAAAAUCCAUGGUCAGUCAGGCACAAGGCAAAGCGAAAAAGGUGCGUCUUGGAGAGGGGAUAAAAUCCGUUUUCCAAGCCAAUAUGCACGAUAUCGGAGCGCUGGGUAUCGGCAUGCAGCUGUACUUCAUGCUGACGAAAUAUCUAAGCGUAGUAUUCCUUAUUAUGGAAGUCAGCGUAGCUCAUCCGACUGGAGGACUCUUGAGGACGUAUUUGUCCUCCAAGCACCUCGGAGACAAGAAAGAGGAGACUGAAGCACUUAUCCAGACUCUAGAAGCUGAGAAAAGUCUGUCUCCAAUGGAUUUUAAAGCCGCGGAUGAGAAGUUAAUUCACUCAUCGAGGAAAAAGUUGGAUAAAAUCCAGAAUCGCCUUGAAAAAACACAAAGGAAAAUCGAUAUUAUCAAGGAUAUUCUGCCGGAAUUCAACGACGUAAUGGACAAGAAAAUGAAGAAUAAGCCGAGGAACUCGACUUCGAAGGACAUGUUGACAGCCGCUGCGAAAGCUGCUAAGACAGCAGCGAUUAACACUCAGCAACGAUUUAAUUGGGAGGCCUGCGAGUGCGCCUUUGUGGUGUUUAAUAAUCUGGAAUCCAGACGUCGAUGUCUUCAAGAUUAUCGCCACUCCACGCGCUGGAUACCGCGCAAGUGGCAGCCUGAAGAGCUGCGUUUCCGCGCGGAUUUUCCGCUUAUUGUGACCAAAGCUCCCGAACCAUCAAACAUUCUGUGGGAGAACCUUGAAGUUACCGACCGGGGACGCUUUUAUCGACAAUUAGUGACGAAUUUAGUGACCAUAGCGCUUCUGGUGACAUCUUGUGCCAUUAUUUCGGCCGCUAAGACAGCUCAGGAGCAAUUUGCGAGCAAAACCCCGCCUGAAGGCCUGUGUGAUCGCGCUCUUCCAGCCGUAUUUUACGCAGAUACUUCGUUCUCUUACAAUGCCCAAAAGAAACCCAUUAUGUGGUCUCUAGCUUGGGAUUCGACACAAACUUGUACGCCUGGAAUAUCCGGAGAAAAUCGAUACUACAUUGCGUAUUCGAACGGGAUUCUGAAUGAUUUAGACUCUUCCAAACUGUCCUAUGGCACUACCUACCGGAAUCCCACGCGUUGUGUGGAUCCCUGUAUCUCCGAUGCUAGUACAGAGGUAUGUAAUACUCUGCCGUGCUUUUACUAUAAAGAUCUGGUAAUGACGGAAGAUCGGUCAUGUGAAGCCUACGAAGCUAGUCACGUACUCUACUGCUACUGUUCUACCCAAUUGACGACUAGUAUCAAGAAACACGGCUUCGUUAAUGGUGCUAAAAAUCUAUGGGAUGUUCUGCCAUGUCGUGGAUUUACCAAGGAUUAUCUGGUCAAGAACGCCUUCACUCUUCUGGCUGCUGGUAUCGUGGUAAUUGUCAAUUUCUUACUGAAUAAUAUCUUACGGAUGUUCGCAGUAUUCGAACGACACACCAGUGAAUCUACCAAGACAAUCCGAGUGGCAAUUCGGAUGUUUGGAGCCCAGUUCCUGAACACUGCGCUGAUCGUAAUUAUCGUAAAUGCCUCGUUUGGAUUAAGUUCUGUAACAGUUGCGAAGGAGCUUUUGGGAGGCAAAUACAAGGACUUUGAGCGUGGCUGGUAUCCAACUGUAGGCAUGGGAAUCGCUACCACAAUGCUACUUAACGCCUUCCUACCUCAGUUCACACUGUUUAUGCAGAUGUGCAUUGUAUCUCCUAUUCGCCGGUGGUACAAACGUCGCUCUAUUCGUACACAAGCAAAGAUGGAUAAGCUGUACGCAGGCCCAACGUUCGAUAUCUCGCUACGAUACCCGAUGGUUCUGAACUCAGUGUUUGUAACUAUGGUGUUUUGUGGUGGCUCGCCUAUUUUACUCUUCAUUGCCGCAGUAUCUGCCUCGGGAAUCUAUUGGUUCGAUAAAUUAUCGAUUUUGUAUCUUUACAGUAUCAAGACGACGUACGAUGAGAUUCUAGGUGAAGUUACGCUCCAAGUUCUCCCCUGGACUUUGGCGCUACAUUUGGGAUUUUCUGCUUGGAUGUACGGCAACGCAGAGCUUCUGAAAGGCACAAUGUUGGAUCUUCCGUGGCUCUUAAAAUUCGUUGGAUUAUCGUCUGUGGUGCAUGAUCAUCCGAACGCUACAUCGGAGGAAUUGUACGAUAUUCUGACGGAUAAACUCCAGAAGUACGACGUUCUGGGCCCCAAUGGAUUCUUGGUAAAAAUCGUGUACUCACACGUGAUGCUGAUGACUGUACUGUGCUUUAUCGUCACGAUCGGACUCUUGUUGUACACCAUUUUUGGUACGAUCGUGUUCGUCGUACUGGGACAGAUGUGGGCGAUAGUAAAGCAUGCAUUAUUGCUCCCGAUAGAGCAGAUUCAGUCUCUAUUCUCAAAAGAAAACGCGAUUCCUAAAGAAACGAAGGAUCUUUCGGAAAAAGAUAUAUUACCAGUAAUUUUACUACCAGAAUUUACUGAACCGUUCCUGAUGUCUGUAACAAGAAAAUAUCGACCGGAUGAAGGGCUUGGUUACCAGAGGAGUAAAGUGGAAAAUACAUACGAACUCACGUGUGUGUGGCCGGAGGAUACAGUUCAUGAGAACGGAGUGGAGCGACUGACUGGAGAGCGCAAAUUAACGUGGGAAUCUAUGCAAGCCCCCGUCAAGUCGUAUGCUAUCGAAGCGAACGAGAAGUACAGACACAGCGUUAAUAUGGUGUUAGAUGCCUGGCAAAUAAUCAAGAAGGCACGCAAUCUGGAACAUGUUCCGGAACUGGUAUCCUUAGGGAAUGUCAUCCCGAUGGUGGAGAAUGCAGUCACUGCAACGGAGAUAACGGCCAAGAACGGUGAAGACGAGGCACCUACUGAUGAUACCAGGCCGGAAGAGACCGCUGAUAUCAUUGGAGAAGAAGACGAAGAGGAGAAAAUCGAGGAAUCUGCUGCAUCUGAAGGUGAAAAUCUAGACCAGUCCGAAGAUUGAGGAUCAAAUCCAUGAAUAACUUCAUAAAUUCAGUACAUUUUCAAUGCA